AUGUCCGCGGCGGGCGCCGCGGCAAUGGACCUGCUGCGUCGGCCCCUAGCACCCCCCUUGGCACGCCCCCUGGUGGAGCUGCACAGCUCCCUGCAGGCCUUGUUCCAGCUGGUAGAAAUCCAAGGCGCCCCGGCCGCGGAGCGUGCCCUGCUGGCCGCGGCCCGCAACGCGCUGCGCUCCACCCUCGCCGCCCUCGACGCGCUCGGCCGCCGCCGGCUGUCCAGCCAGGACUUCGCCUGCCUCCAGCUGCUGGUCUUCGCGCCGUUCUUGGGCCGCCUGAUGGCGUACGAGGCGCCGGACGCGCUGCGCCAGCAGUUUACGGGGCUGCAGCUGGCGGCGCUCGCGCUGCUGGAGGCGGCCUUAGACCUGCACGCCCUCAGCCGUGGCAGCGGCGCCGGUGGCGGCGGCGCAGCUGGGGGCAGCGGCGCGAACAGCCGCAGCAGCCCUGAGGCGGCGGCUCACCACCAGGACGAGGACGACAAGCACGAGCUCCUGCGGCGCGGCGCGAUGGACGUGGUGCUGCGGCUGCAGCGCUACAGCCUGCCUGACGACGCCGCCUGGGCCUCCUGGCUGCAGGCGCGCGCCGCCGGCGCCGUCGGAGGCGCGCCGGCGGCCCCACUGCCGCAGCCGCCGCGCCUCCUCAGCCAAGCUGAGUCGCCCGCCGACGGCGUAGCGCGGCUGGCGGAGGUCGCGGCCGGGCGCGUGGCGCGGCAGCCUGCGGUGCAUGUGGACGCGGCACUGCGCCUCCUAGGCACCCUUCAGGCCGUGGCGCCGGACGCGUUUGCAAUCGCGCGCCUCUCGCCGCUGUGGGCCGCCCUGGCCACGGGGCCGCCGGCCGCGCUGCGCACAGUCAGCCACAAGGGCAAGGCGCAGUGGGUGGUGGAGUGGUCAGACCUUGCGCGCAGCAUAGCGCCCAGCGAGGCCGCUGCGUCUGCUGCUGCACGGGACUGGCUCGUCGGCCGAAUCCUUGAGCGCGUGCUGCUGGAGUCUGACGCAGGCCAGCGGCGCCUGCAGGUUGAUCAUCUUAUGGAAACGCUGGGCGUAACUCUCAGCCCUGGCGCAAGCAGCGGCGCCAACGUCGCGGCGGCCGCGGGGCUGCAGGCUGCUGCAUGCGUGCACCAGCUCCUGUCGCUCGCAGUGCGCCAGGAGCACGAGGGGCUUGCCAGCUGCCUGUUGGCCUGUGUCGUUGAGUUGGCUCAGGGCGACGGCCGCGGCGCCGCGCCGCAGCUACUCUGCGCAGCAAGCGCGCCGCUACUGGCGCCGCUGCCGGAGCAGCUGCUCGUGGCGUGGCGCCAGCAGCUGCCUGCCGCGUGGGCAAAGAUGGAUGCGGCGGCAGCUGGAGCCUGGAUUGACAGCCUUGCCGGGGCGCUCGACGUCGGCAACGGCGGCGGCCUGCAGCGGCUGCCUCCUGCGCAGGCUGCCUUGGUGCUGCGGCUCUCGACAGUCUGCCUUGAGCGCCACCCACAUCUGCUGCCGCGGCUGGGGCAUGCGCGCAGCGUCAUGGGGUGGCUAGUCGGCGUCAGGCUCGCAGCGGCGGGCGCGGAGGCAGGAGGGCCGGAUGGUGGCAGCUGCACCAGCGAGGUUCAUGCCGCCAGCUGCCAGCUCGCAGCGCUGUUCGCAGCGAAUGCCAGCUCAGGCGCGGCGGCUCUUAGCGCCCUGCUGUCCAUCGCCGGCGCCGGCAUCACCAACCCUGGCGUCAGCGGCGGCGACGACGCUGCCGCCAGUCAGGUUCAGGUGCAAGCCGAGGCGCUCGCGCUGCUGCGCGCGGCAUAUGCAGCCGCGCCCGCGGCGCGCGGCGCGUGGCUGGAUGCUGUCCAGCAGGAGGGCUCUGACGCGGUGCACGCAUCAGCCUGUGACGCCCUGGGCGCCCUGGCAGCCGCGCUCUCACUGGCGCCUGGCGAAGCCGCUUGCAAGGACUCCGCCGCGGCGCCGCUCGACCUGCUGGCGCUGCUGGCGCUGCGCACUGACGCGCCCUCGCGCAGGGCGGUCGCCCUCGCCGCAACGCCCGGCGUCGGCGCGCGCCUGCCUGAGGUGCUCCUGGCGGCUGCCACUGCAGACGCGUCGCUUGCAGUGCCUGCAGUGCAUCUGCUGAUCCAUUUGCUGCCCUUGCCCGGCGUCGCAGCUGCGGCGCCCGACGCCGCAGCGGCCGCCCGCAGCCUCGUCCAAGAGCAUGCGUCGGUGUUGCUGCAGGUGCCGGUUGCCCCCAGCGGUGCGGCGCCGGACCUUUCGGGCCUGACGGCCGGAAGCUUCCACGCGUGGCUCGCCUUCCUGGCGGAAGUCCCAGAGGCGGCUGCCAAGCCGGAAGGCGGGGAGGCAGGCAGCCGCGCGCCCAGCCUGCUGCAUGAGUACCUUGGCUGCUUGCUGGCUGGCGCGGGCACGCCGGGCGUCGCCGACGCGGCGCCGCUCGGGCAGCAGCUGAGCGCGGUUGCUUCGCUGCUUCCAGGUUCUGUUUCCGCCGCCAGCGGGGGCGACGGGGCGCUUCCAGUUUCGGGGGCGCAACAGCGGGUGUGCAGCCGGCAGCUGUCAGAGCAGCUCGAGGCCGGCCUGUUGGGCCGCCUGGAGGAGCUGACCGCCCUCAUGGCCUGCGGCACCCAGCCACUCGUCUCCGCCGCGGCGUCCGCGUGCGCGGCGCUGCUUGGCGCGGCCGACAACGGCGCGGCGCU